UGUAUGGGUAUACAACUGCCAGCGCAACUCGGUCUCCUCUCUCUCUUUCUCUCAUAAUUUCAUUUCCUUAUUCUUCGUCUUCAACAAAUAUAAAACUAGGGUUUAAUAAGGGUUUUAUACAUCAACUCAUCAGAGAGCAGAAAAAAAAUGCAGCCCCAGACACCGCAAGCGAUGAAAACACAAUCAUUGUUCCCUUCAAUGCCAAAUACCAUCACUACCGAUGAAAUUCAAAAGUACUUGGAUGAGAACAAAAUGUUGAUUUUGGCCAUACUGGAAAAUCAAAACCUUGGAAAACUCACCGAGUGUGCCCAGUAUCAAGCCCAACUUCAGAAGAACUUAAUGUAUUUAGCUGCAAUCGCUGAUGCCCAACCGCAAGCACCAACAAUGUCUUCUCAGACUUCCCUUCAAUCUGUCGUGCAACAAGAGCACCACAUCCAACAGCCACCUCUGCCUGCAACAACAGCUCAGCAACAACAAACUAGUGUUUUGCCUCCAAAGCUGCCUUUCCAUCCUAGUAAUGCCCUUCAGUCUCAAGAUCAACAUCAGUUUCUCCUCCAACAACAACUCAUCCAGCAGGGGCAGACGGGCAUGAGACAUCAUCAGGCCAUGCAAAUGGGACUUGCCACUUCGGGCAGUUUGGCUGACCCACGCAAGACUGGUUCUGGUGGCAAUCGAGGAGGGCAUUCAGCUUCUGGACGUGGUAGUAGGGAUUGAGAUUCUCAACUCUCAGAUGUCUACAUCCAUCAGUUUAUCCCCAUAGGUGGUGUCAUAGUGCUUUGGAAGUUCUCAUAUUGGCACAUCUCUAUAGUUUUUUUUUUUUCUCCUUAAAAUUCCAGAGUGGUGGUUUUAGCAUUGCAUUGGACCGACAUUAUCUUUUUAUCACAUAAAAAAAUUUGCAAUAGAAGAAGAUACAAUCUUUGGGCAACACGCAAAUGCAAGUUGUAUUCACUUUUACUCGAGGGAAGAGGUACAAUCCAGAAGGAAUGUUGUUAAUGUUUUUUUUUCCCUUUCUUUGGCUUAGGCAAAGUAACACCAAGACUUGCGACCA